GUCAUUAACAAAACUCAAAAACUUCUUCAAGCAACCUAACUCUCAGCCCAACUCCUGACACCAUGGCCUGCUGUUCCACCAGCUUCAGUGGAUUUCCCAUCUGUUCUACUGGUGGGAACUGUGGCUCCAGCUGCUGCCAGCCAACCUGCUGCCAGACCAGCUGCUCCCAGCCAACCUGCUCCCAGCCAACCUGCUGCCAGACCAGCAGCUGUGAGACUGGCUGUGGCAUUGGUGGUAGCAUUGGCUGUGGCCAGGAGGGUGGCAGCGGAGCUCUGAGCUGCCGCACCAGGUGGUGCCGCCCUGACUGCCGCGUGGAGGGCACCUGCCUGCCUCCCUGCUGUGUGGUGAGCUGCACGCCACCAACCUGCUGCCAGCUGUACCUCGCCCAGGCCUCCUGCUGCCGCCCAUCCUACUGUGGACAGUCCUGCUGCCGCCCAGCCUGCUGCAUCUGCUGUGAGCCCACCUGCUAAAAGUCAGGUUUCUGAUUUUCAACUUGAAAUUUCAACUUCCAGCUCAGUCCAUGAACUAAUAAUCUCCUCAAUCACCCCUGGACCACUAACAAGUUCUUGAAUUUUUAUUCGACUCUUUUUUGAAGGUUUACCAAAUAUUUGGGCCUCACAGACCUGUCUGAUUCCAUUCAAUGCUAAAAAGAUCUUGAGCGCUCCGCUGAAGCUGCCAAGGUAUAAGUUUGACCUAAGAAAUGUGAAAACCAACUUGCCUCAGGAUCAGACUUCAGCAAGCAUCUUCUCCACGGCCCAGUGCUUCCAAGGCUGAGGCAGAACCAUCUGUCCUUCUCAGAAACAUUCAUCUCCUAAACUCCACCAUCUUGCAAACUGCAUUUCCUAUGAUAGGGGAAUAAUAUACCGAGGUUUAAUAAACUCUAUCUUUGGUACAGCAAACAAGUCUCUUUUUCUUCUUUGAGUCUGCUCAUGAUGUAUAUUUCAGAGGAAGUCACACAGUAAGAUUCUAAUCCAGUUUUGAUACCCCACACUGUGAUUCUUAUACCAUGUUAGGAAACAUGAUCAAAUCCAGGGGAGGUUAAUCCCCAUAAAAAAACACAGCAGAGGUGGU